UAGUUUAAGUUGCAAGAGCAGCAGGAGCAAAGGCAUGGAGGAUUGUGAAAUAAUUGGAAUGAUAUUCGAAAUCAUUGGGGAUAUGCUGUUUGGCAGUGAUACCUCAUCAGAUGAUGAUUACGAUGAGUCGAGCACCUAGAUUAUUAUUAUUUUAAUAAUCCGCGAACCUAAUAGAAGUUAUCAAAUGGAUUAAUCCAAAUAAACCAUACAAAGUAUAAUUAACCUUUGAAAUAAUGCUAUAAAUACAAAACGAAAAUUGUGAAACUACCAAAGUACAACCAACAAUAUGGACUGUUGUGAGCUGCCGGAAAUAUUUUUGAGCUUCCUCAACGACCUUUUCUUCUCAGACAUAACUGAUGCGGAGUACUUGGGCGAUUAUUACGACAACUACAAUUGAAAUAGACCAGCGAUCGUGAGCAAAU